GUUGUGCACGCUCGUCUCAGGCAAUCAUGGGUAACUGGGUGGAGAAUGAAGGACUGUCCAUCUUUGUCGUUCUUGUGUGGCUGGGGUUAAAUGUCUUCCUCUUUUGGUGGUACUAUCUUGCAUAUGAUGUCCCACCAAAAUUCUUCUACACCAGAGUACUCCUUGGCCGUGCUUUGGCCCUGGCAAGGGCCCCUGCAGCUUGUCUGAAUUUCAACUGCAUGCUGAUUCUGCUACCAGUAUGUCGAAACUUGCUCUCCUUCCUCAGAGGAUCAAGUGCGUGCUGCUCUACCCGUGUCAGACGACAGCUGGACAGGAACCUCACCUUUCACAAAAUGGUGGCAUGGAUGAUCGCCCUUCAUACUGCAAUUCACACCAUUGCACAUUUAUUCAACGUAGAGUGGAGUGUGCAAGCCCGUGUUGAAGAGAAAGGAACCCUGGCAGCUGUGCUUUCUAGCCUUGGUGAUAACCCAAAUGAAAGCUAUAUCAACUUUUUUAGAAAAACUAUUGGGAAUCCUGUGGGGGGCCUAUAUGUGGCUUUCACGUACUUGGCUGGUCUCACUGGUGUUAUCAUCACGCUGGCCCUCAUACUAAUCAUCACGUCAUCCACCAAAACCAUCCGAAGGUCGUAUUUCGAAGUAUUUUGGUACACCCACCAUCUCUUUGUCAUCUUCUUUAUUGGCCUUGUCAUCCAUGGUGCUGGGCGUAUUGUACGGGGGCAGACAGCUGAGAGUCUGAAUGAACAUAAUCCAGAGGUUUGCUACAAGAACUUCACUCACUGGGGAAAGAAGGGGGCUUGCCCAAUCCCCCAGUUUUCAGGGAAUCCUCCUAUGACAUGGAAGUGGGUAGUAGGUCCCAUGUUUUUGUACCUGUGUGAGAGGCUGGUGCGGUUUUGGAGGUCACAGCAGAAGGUUGUUAUCACAAAGGUGGUCAUUCAUCCCUUCAAGACAAUUGAGCUCCAGAUGAUGAAGAAGGGCUUCAAGAUGGAGGUCGGGCAAUACAUUUUUGUCAAAUGUCCAGCAGUGUCUAAACUGGAAUGGCAUCCAUUUACAUUAACGUCUGCUCCAGAAGAGGAUUACUUCAGCAUUCACGUUCGUAUUGUAGGGGACUGGACAGAGGGCUUGUUCAACGCCUGUGGAUGUGAUAAGCAAGAAUUCCAGGAGGCAUGGAAGUUGCCCAAGAUAGCUGUGGAUGGCCCCUUUGGAACAGCGAGUGAGGAUGUAUUCAGUUACGAAACUGUUAUGCUUGUUGGAGCUGGAAUAGGGGUCACCCCCUUUGCAUCUGUACUUAAGUCUGUCUGGUAUAAAUACUGCCAUGAUGCAACCAACCUAAAACUCAAAAAGAUCUAUUUUUACUGGCUUUGCAGGGACACUCAUGCCUUUGAAUGGUUUGCUGACCUCUUGCAAUCUCUGGAGGCUCAAAUGCAGGAGAGGAAUAACGCAGAUUUUCUCAGCUAUAACAUCUACCUUACAGGCUGGGAUGAAUCUCAGGCCACUCAUUUUGCAGUGCAUCAUGAAGAAGAGAAAGAUGUGAUUACAGGCCUUAAACAGAAAACCUUGUAUGGAAGACCUAACUGGGAAAACGAGUUCAAAACUAUUGCGGGGAAUCAUCCUGGCUCCAGAAUAGGUGUUUUUCUCUGUGGACCUGAAGGCCUAGCUGACACACUCAACAAGCAGAGCAUCAGCAACUCAGAAGCUGACCCACGAGGAGUACACUUCAUUUUUAACAAGGAAAAUUUCUAACUCCCAAGCACAUGGGAGUCAUUCAAUACGAAGUGUAAAGACUGGAUCUCUCUUUCUAUUUGGAGCCUGGGAAGGACAGCCCAGCUUCUAAUCUCAGCUACACUAACGCAAAUCCCUUUGCUUCUUGGGAAUUAUUUUGGCGUUGUGGUAGAGUAAAAUAGUCAAGUUUUACCUUAGGGAAUUUUGCACUGCCCUCCGCGUGCUGGCAAUUCAGCAGAAAUCUAUU